CUAGCAUAAACAGCUAUUUGUAGCAUUCUUUUGUUUGGUUGUCAAUUCUCCUGUGCUUUAUUUCACUAUGUUGAAAAGCAGCAACUUAAAUAGUGUCAUUGAUCAACUCGAUGCCGAUCGCACGGUCAGCGGCGCUGCCGUGGUACCAGAGAACAACAACAAGCUGGUGAAAACAGACGACAACGGGUGCUCCAUGGCAGCCUUACAAAUGUCCUUCGGAGUACUCGAAAUAGCCGAGCCGCCCUUAGUGCGUGUCCGCGCGCAGCUCAAGGAAUUAAUCGGCAAGCAAAACAAGUUCUACAUUGACGUCUCCAAGGAGAAAUAUAAGCUGGACUGCAGUGAGGUAGCAAAAUUAAUUGAUAUGAUGAAUGAUGUGAAGCGCUACAAAGAGAGACUGGUGAAAAUAAAAAAGGAUAUGCAGUCCAUUUACCAACGGUCUAAGGUUCUAAAGAAACGAGCCGCCAACGUGGCCACCUGCAAGCAGCGCGAUUACCAGCGCAAACUCGAGAAGCAACAGCAGGAGGAGUCGCUCAUAGGCGGCCAGUUGCAGUAGUUCUACAUGUAGGUCUAAGCUAUCAUAAGUAAUUACAAAGUUGCCGAGCCCAAACAUGGGUAAGGCAAUCGUUAACAAGAAUCUAGAACUAGAACUAAUUGUUUAUCUAUGGAUUAAAGCCCAUAAUUAACUUAUACAAGCAAGUUGCUAACUAUUUAUAUAUGUUCUGUAUAUAAUUUGGUAAAUACUUUCGAGAUUUCACAGUAUAUUUAUGUUUGAAAUGAAGCUACAUGCAAGAGAAGCCAAUUUUGAUAUGCCAAUUGUUCAUUUUAAGUAUCUAAUAGUGUACAAAAAUAUAACAUUUAAACAUUCACAGCGCUAAAACGGCUAAAACUUUGACGUUUUCAAGAUAUUUAUAAACAUGCCAAUAAAAUUGUAUGCGGUAGCACAUCGUGAUAAGUUGACAGCGUUUAAUAGCCAAAUGGAGAUAUUUAUGAUGGAGAUUGAACAACGGCAGUUAAUUUAAUUGAAAUGUGCGUCAAAGAGAUUUCACGAUAUGCAGCGCAUAAACUAAGCUAAUGUUUGCUAAAAGCAUGCACAAAUAUGUGUUUUUGUUUGUUUGUGUGUGAUUACUAAAUUAAAGUACAAUUACAUAUAAUUAUUAUAAAUACAAUUGAGAUUGAAUAUUGAACAUUCAACAUGCAAUUCGAUAAAGCAAUUCUUUAAAUUGUCAUUCAACUGAGCGCAGCAAUAAUGUGGUUGUUGUUGUUGUUGUUUUUGUUGUUUUGGUUUUGGUUUUCUUGGUUGAUUGUGUGUUGAUUCUCACUGAUCGGGAUUCAAAUACUUC